AUGGCCACACCCCGCCUCAUGGAUCGUAUCUCUUCGUCGAAGUGCAAGCCCCCGCCGAUUGCGUUUCCUUCGUGUAAACCGUCCUCGCCGGCGACGUGGCCUAUCUCCGAUUCCCCCCUCUACACCAUCAAAGCAUUCAUCCCCUCCAGCGAUUCGUUCGAUGUCUUUCACCACUGGCGGAUCGUCCCCGGCGAUCCGCUCGACAAGAGCAUCGUCAUCCGGCCGCUGGCAAGUGUCACUCGCUAG